AAUUCAACUCACUUUUGCAUGGGGCUGCCUUGUAUGAUGUUUGUUUUAUGAUUUCUCCGUUUAUGGUGAUAACCUGUGAAAUUGACGGUAUACCGCCUAUCAAAACAUCCCCUAAUGCAAGUUGGCCCCUUGGCACAACUGUCAGUUGAAAUGUCACAUAAUAACUGGUGGGGGAAAAAGAAGCAAAACCAAUACAUUCAGCUUUCAUCUUAGACUUCGCUUACAUUAUUUAUUGACAUUACUGGGGUUGUCAUAGAGUAAGGUUGUUGAGUUUGUUGAAAUGAAUUACCUCAUGGUGAAAGUAUUUAUUGGCAGAGAGAGAGAGAGAGCUAUUGCUGCAACGGGGAGGAUGUUCAUGUUUUGCGUUUGGGGUUCAAAUACGCACAGGAUUUCUUUACAAUACUGUACGUCAAAGAUGGUAUUUCGACCCGACAUUGGAGUAUUAUGUAGGCGGUAAGGUUGUGCUUCCGUUCUGUGGAACUGAAAGGGUUGGGCAACGCAUAAAAAUGCUGCUAUUUGUCAAGUUUAUCUCUUCAGUUGCUACUACUAUGCUCCAGCUGUCUCUGAUGGUGUGUUUACUAUCCAUCACUGUCACUACCCCCCAGUUCCAGACUACACACCCCUUGUACAAGAAGGGCCACAACAUCACCAUCCAUUCCUCCCAGCUGGUAUGUAGUCUACCCGGCCCUCAGGGGCCAGGUGGCAACCCAGGGGGCCCCGGAUCUCCAGGGACUAUGGGUCCCAUGGGUACCCCAGGGAAGGAUGGCCUGGAUGGGGAGGAUGGAAAGAAGGGGGAGAGGGGUGACAGAGGUAAGCAUGAUGGAGAGAGGGGUGACAGAGGUGAACAGGGGAGGUCUGGGAACCCAGGUAAACCCGGGGUUAAAGGUCGUGAGGGCGUAGUAGGCAAGCAUGGACCCCGAGGGCUGAAGGGCGCGCGUGGGGCCCCAGGUCUGGCCGGGCUGGGGGGCACCAAGGGGGAGACGGGGGACGCAGGUGAGACAGGGGCUCCUGGGGGCUGUAACUGUGGCACCAACUCAGCCCGCUCCGCCUUCUCUGUUGCCAUGACCAAGAGUUACCCCAAAGAGCGUCUCCCAAUCCGGUUCAAACGUAUUCUACUCAACGAAGGGAACCACUACAACGCCACGACUGGGAAGUUUGUCUGCUCUGUCCCUGGAGUCUACUACUUCACUUAUGACAUCACAUUGGCCAAUAAGCACUUGGCGAUCGGGCUGGUGCACAACGGGCAGUACAAGAUCAAGACGUUUGACGCCAACACUGGGAACCACGAUGUGGCGUCCGGUUCCACGGUUCUCCGGUUAGAGCGUCAGGACCAGGUUUGGCUGCAGAUCUUCUACUCUGAACAGAAUGGGCUGUUCUAUGACCCGUUCUGGACAGAUAGUCUGUUUACCGGGUUCCUGAUCUAUGCAGACCAGGAGUAUCUGAACGAAGUGGACAGGAAAGAUAAUGAGGAUUCAUCACCUUCAUCCUGAUGGGUUGAACUACAAUGGCACCAGUUUUGCUUCCUUGCCCAUUUGGGUAGAAAAUUCUGUCUGUCAUUGAAAUCAUAGCUCAGCCUAUUUAUACUCAGUUUGGGUCAAUGAUACAAUUAACCUUUUUAGAGAACAUUUUAAUAGGCCUACUGUAUUAUCUUUGCAUAUUAUUGAAAAAAGCUUUUCCCUAUAUUGACACCAGGUGGCUCCAGGAGUCGUCUGUUGCCCAGCUAAUACUCAUUGCUUAUUGUUUAUGAACAGAAUUGCAUUGCAUGUUAUGGCUUAUUGGAUUGUUAAUGGUGGAGGGAAAUGAGGGAAAGGAUUUUAUUUUCACAUUCAAUAAUUUUUGGUGCUGUUUAUAUUCAGCAAAAAGGAGAUGUUCCGACAUGCAACUAACCCUCUCUGUCUAAAUUACAUGAGAAUGCACUGUUAGUGUUACAUGUUAAAUAGUUUAUUUUGUGUUAUAAAUCAUAUUAUAGUACAUUUUACAAUGUGCUAAAGGAAAACGUUGUUUUUUUUUUACACACGUACCUAGAGAAAGUUGAUAAAGUGAUUUGCAAUAAAACUUGAUUUAAUCAUC